AUGUCUGGGCUUGGGUCGUCAGAUGAUGUUGAAUGGGAGCAGAAAGACUCUGCAGCGACCUACCGAAACACUUGGCAAAUUGCUGUCUACUUUCACAAAUCCGAUAAUCUUUGCAUACUGGAUUCCAAAGAGGGAAUGAACAUCACCCUCCAACCGUCUUCGUUUGGGAUAGUCGCAGGUUCUCCAGUACUGCACGCGUUCAAUGAUGAAGCUAAAUUUGCACCGAUGAAUGGGCCUCGAAAACAUAUUAAGAUCAAGGGAACAGGGAAGUUCUUGGCUUACUCAAGCAAGAAACCUAAGGAGAUUAUGCUGAUCGGGGAGAAAGUUGAGUUUGAGUGGUCAAGCAAUGGAACUCUGAGUUUUGAAGUCCCAUGGAUUGGUGGAAAGUUGUCUGAUGCCAUAAUUUCAAUAAGCUAA